GUAAACAAAACCCAACCAUUGUCAACAUCAUUUACCCACCACACACCGCAGUCUGUGCCGCCCAUCUGUCUUUGCGACGCGGAUGCCGAGGGCCACUCUCCCUCUUUCAAUCAGCAUUUAGGCAACGCAACGUUGGCCUCUGCAAUGCUCGGCUGGAUGCUGAAGCGCGGUGAUAACGCGCCUGAUACGAAUGCAGGAGACACGACCCAGCUAGAUCAGCCGGACACGCCCGCUCCCGUGUUCGCAGCCCGAGCUUUCAAGAGCGCUCUGUUUGGAACCCCAGCAGUGUCCCACGAGGAAUCUCAAAAGACACGCGACAAGGUGGUGACCAAGGGUGGCACCGGGCCAGCAGAUUCGGGCUCUGGGACGCCAUCCAAGCUGCCUGGCAUUCUACUCACGCCAGGGACAAGCACGUCCCGGCGCAAACGCGUCUCGUUCGGCCGCGACGUCCCGGGAUCGAGCGAGGUGGGCAAGAGCAAUGCGAUGAAGAGCACCACCAGCAACAGACGAACGACGCUCUCAGAAGCGCUCGAAAACUCGCGAAAGAAAUCCAGCGAGCUCUCCGAGGCCGACGUGCGCCGUGCGACGGCUGGCUCAGAGGACGAGUGGGAAGAGGAAGAUGACGACUACUGCACCAACGACAUCACGCUCGAUCUGAAUGAGCCUCACUCGCAGUCGGGCCGCUAUUGGAAGGGAGAAUUCGAAAAGUACCACCAGGAAGCCAAGGCCGAGAUGGAGAAAUUGCUCAAGUAUAAGCAACUUGCCAAGUCCUAUGCUCAGCAAAAAGACGCCGAAGCCAUUCAGCUCGCCGAGCGGCUCCGAGACGAGCAGCAACGGGUCAUCAACAUGGAGAAGCGGAUAGCGGACAAUGCGUCGCAGAUCGUUUCUCAGAAGCGUCAAUCGGCAGACGACGAACCCACGGCGCUCCUAUCGAAGCUCGCGAAGCAAACCUCACUCGCCGCGCAGUACCGACAUCGCGUUCAGGAGCUAGAGGGCGAGUUGGCCGACUUCUUGCGGCAAAAGGGCGAGGAAGGACCAGGCAAGGGGCGGCGACGGCGACAGGUUCCCCCGUCACCGAACACACAGAAGGCACUUCUGGAGACGCAGCGCGAGCUGCGCCGGGCGCGAUCUCAGCUGAGGGAACUCGACAUGCUUCGUGAGGAAAUCUCAUCCUUGAAAGCUCGAGUCAAGGUUGCCGAGGGACAUACGAGCCGAGCCGACGUGGACGACGCAGCAUCCGCGACAGGCCCGCGCGCCCGUGAAUUGCGAGCGCAGCUGAAGAAAGCGGAGGAAGAGUCGAGGAAGAAAGAUGACGAGAUUCGCCAACUCAAGAGCGAUUUCGAGGCCUUCCGUAAGGAGAACGAGGCUCACGAAGCCGACACCAAGGCGGUGCUGGAGCGUGCGCAUACCAAGAUUGCAGACCUUAAGAAGGAGGUGAAGAGUUUGAGGGCUGCUGAUCUGGACCAGAGCAGACCAAGAAGCUGGAAGACCCGCUCAGAGCAGCCGGCAGAGACUGCGGAGACUGCGGACAACAAGCCUCGAGAUCGCAGUCAAGCCCAGCGCAAGCUGAGCUUUGGUGAUGUCAAGGAAGCCCGCAGUUCGGAAGCGCAAAGCUUGCGCGACAGAUACCAGAAGGCCGACGCAGCUGGCCAGAGGGGCGCACCCAACGUCCUAACGGAGCGGCCGAAUCUCGAAAAGCCUAAGUGGCAGCCGUUUGUUCCAAGGUCUCCGAGAAAUAGGGCAUAUCUGGGCGAGGCCUUGGAGAGACGCAUCCGUAACGGAGGCGCGACUCCGGCGGCAAGCAAGCUUAAGGACCCGCUGCGGGAGCUGCCUGGCCAGGGAAGGGCGACAAGGAGCAGCCGUUCCGGGCGAGCAGGUGGCAAGGACGAGAUCGACUUGCUGCGGAAUCGAUUCGCCCGCCUCGGAGGGCCAGAGUCUGCAGGCGGUGACUACAUUAGCAGCUCCAUGGUGGGCAACACGUCCAAGAGCGGCACGCUGCCUCCCGAGAGGCGAGCUGCGGCUCUGGCGCGGAUCGAGAAGAGGAUGGCGGACAAGAAGCGUGCGCAGCGGCGCAAGGCGACGUACGACAAGGAGAAUGUCCGGGCAUGAUUACCUACUACAUCGUAGGGUGUUGAGAGAGGCCGCGCCAACAGUGGCAAGAGUGGCAUGGCAUAGUGUACUUGGGUGAGCACGGCGUUCAGGUCCGCUAUUCUGCAGGGAUUCAGUCUACUUCGUAAUGCACAGCUCAUGGCAUUCAUGACCACACAAUUGCCACGUCGGGACCGUUGCAUG